AUGUCUUCCGAACCGCAACGAUUAUACCCACCAUUAUAUUAUCGACCGCUUCCACCGAUCCCAAAAAAGAAACUUUCAUUUAAACGUGAUACUCGAAAUAAUAAUGGUCUCUACAAUACCGAAGUAACCACAAUACAACCACAUGAGCUUACGGAUCCUUUCGGAAAAACACAUGAUUGUCGUGGGAGUAUUGUGAAAAAAUGCUUAAAAUAUAGUAUAGACGUUGCUUGUAUUCCUAUUACAAUACCCGAUGAUAAUUUCUCAAAGAUUCAAGAUCAACUAACUAUUUUGGAAAAACUUCGAGAUUCUUCCAACAUCUUGAAAUUUUAUGGGCUCUCUCGUUUUGGUAAUCAAUUAUUCAUGAUUUUUGAAUGGGCUGAAUUAGGAAACCUUCUCGAAGUGUCUAUUGCUUUUGGUAUCUGUCGUGGUAUCUCUUUCUUGAACUCCUGUUUGAUCCUUCAUCAUGACAUCCGUUGUGCAAACAUUAUGAUGACACCACAUUUGGAACCUAAAAUUACAAAUUUUAGAUAUGCGAUUGAUAAAAAUAAAAUAAAUAAUGAAUAUUAUGAAUCUGUGUCAAAUGUGGACGAUAUUAUUAAUUGGAUGGCUCCUGAAAAAAUUCUAAAUUCCCGAUAUAAUGAAAAAUGUGAAAUGUUUAGUUUUGGAAUGUUAUUAUGGGAGCUUGCUUUCGAAAUCAUUCCAUAUAAGGGUUGGGACGUACAAAGGAUAAAAAAUCACGUUUUAAAUAAUCAUAGGGAAAACUUAAACAUUAAAUUAAAUAAUGAAGAAAAACUUCAGGAAAGUUAUUUUAAAAUCAUUAAAAAUACUUGGCAUCAUAAUCCACAAGAACGUUCAAACCUUCAGUCCGUUCUCUUAGAUCUUGAUAAAUUGGUUUCCAACUACCAUCAAAAUGGAUUUUCUCAAAAAGAUAAAGCAAUAAAAUGGAUUGAAGGUGCUAUUAAACAGAGAGUUAUUAAAUCAAUAGGAUGGUCUGAAUUGAAAUUUCAUGAAAGGGUUGGAGCAGGAAAUUUUGGAACAGUAUUUAAAGCAUUUUGGCCAAAUAUUCAUAAUUAUGUGGUUUAUAAAAAAUUACUCAUUUCAUCGGAUAUUCAAUUUAAGAUAUGGGAAGCGUUUAAACAUGAAUUACAGAUACAAAGUAGAGCUCAUGAUUGUGAAAAUAUUAUUCGAGUUUUAGGAAUAAGUAAAAAUUUAAAUAAUGAAUAUUCUAUCGUUAUGGAAUAUGCUAAUGAAGGAGAUUUAAGUUUAUAUCUUUCAAAUAAUUUCGAAAAACUCGACUGGAACAAAAAAUUUCGAUUGGCUUUGGAUAUUACAAAUGGAUUACAUUAUUUGCAUAAAGAAAACAUCCUACAUAGAGAUCUUCAUGCCAGAAACAUAGUAAUACAUCAGGGAAAAGCAAAAAUUACAGAUUUCGGUAAUUCCAAGAGCAUGAAUACCAUGACCAAAAUACAUGAUCACAUAUUUGGUAACAUUUCAUAUAUUGCUCCUGAAGUUUUAAGAAAGAAACCCUACACAAAAUAUUCGGACAUUUAUAGUUUGGGAGUUUUACUUUGGGAAUUAUCAAGUGGUAAGCCUCCUUUUAAAACUCAAGUAGAUUACACAAUAGUUACAACAAUAUUAUCGGGAAACAGAGAGGAGAGAAUGCCAGACACUCCUAACGAGUAUUAUGAAUUGUAUAACGAAUGUUGGGAUGAUAGACCCGAAAGGAGACAUAAAGUUGAAUAUGUUUAUGAUGUAUUGGAGAAGUUAUUAUUAGUAAAUAAUGAUGAUGUAUUAGUACAAAGAGGAACUCAACCAAUAAGCAUUCCUGGCUAUUUAACACCUCCACCUUCAAAUAUUAGUAUUAUGAGCUCAAGAUCUGACGUUAGUCUAAUUAAUAAUGAUUCAAGCACUAGCAUUGAUACAAGUACUAAUGUUGGCUCCAGUGUAGCAGUAAGUUCAAGCGUUAAAGUUAAUUCAUUACAGAUCUCUAUAAAAGUAUGUAGCAAGCGAAUUUGGGCAAGAUUAACCGGCCGGCAAGAAAGAUAA